AUAAUUAUUUUGGAUUUACGUGUACCAUGCACUCCAGUAGCUCGUUUAAACAAUCACAGAGCAUUUGUAAAUGGAUUAGCAUGGGCACCACAUUCAAGUUGUCAUUUAUGUACAGCAUCUGAAGAUUGUCAAGCUCUUAUCUGGGAUAUUCAGUCUAUGCCAAGAGCAAUAGAAGAUCCUAUUCUAGCAUAUACAGCUGCCGGUGAAAUUAAUCAAAUUCAAUGGUCAUCAACACAACCAGAUUGGAUAGCCAUUUGUUAUAAUAAUUCGUUAGAAAUUUUACGAGUAUAAUAUUUACUGUUUAUUUCUUAUUUUAUCAACUGUUUUAAAGGUGUACUAUAAUUAAGAUCAAAUAUUAUUUCUUCUUUUAUGCUUACUAAGUAUUGUACGUUAUUUUCAUGCGUUUAGUUAUUAUUCUUUUCCAAAUAUUCUGGAUAACUUAACUGUGUACUAUUAUCGAGAUACAUGUAUUGGUUGAAGUCAAAGUUUCGACUACGUAUGAAUCAAUUCCAAAUGUUGUUUUGUACAUUCACUUGAAAACAUUUGUGUUUGUUUAAUCAAUUUAUAAAAUUCCUUAAGAAUUACCAUUAUAAAACAGGAAGUUCUUC